GCAGCAGUGAUGCCACUGACCACCACCGGCGGUGUAGAGGUGCGUCUGGCAGCGGCGGUGGCUAUGCAGGGGGCGCCACCUCCUCUGUAGUGAGCCCCCAUGGUGUCCCCAUGUAUGGGCAGUUCUGCAGGACGAGUCGCUCGGCAGGGUCCCCGCUCUGGUAUCUCGCAGCCUUCGGACACGCCAGUGAAGUGACAGGAGGCGAGAACGGAAAUUGCAAAAAGUCAACUUUAAGAAGCGGCCGCUUAGUAGCGACGCAAAAGGGUCUCGGGAGUUUCUGGGUUGCAGAAGAGUCCGCUCCCCUCCUGCGAUCGAGGAAAUGGAGGGGAAAUCCGCAGAAAGCGGCUCGGGUGAAGAGCCUGCACCGCCCUCUGUAGCCAAGCUCGCCGGGUUAUUUGGAGACACCUUGAACAGUCCAAAGAAAGAGGUUCCACCACCACAUAAGCCAACCAGAAGGAAACCGCCAUGUUCUCUGCCACUGCCGAAAACUGAGGUUACUAAUAAUGGGGAUGAGAAACUGUCUCCCCCGCACUCACAGGUGCCUAAGAUCAAGGUGAAGAGUUCCCCUCUAAUUGAGAAACUUCAGGCUAACUUGGCCUUCGCUCCUGCAGCUCUUCUUCCGGGACCACCCCCAAAGAGCCCCGGAUUAAAAACCAUGGCCUCUCCAUGGAGCACACCCCCAUCGACACCCAGCAGCCCCGGUGUCCAGUCACAUUCCAGCAACAUAGAGGCAUCACCGGUCAGUUUUGAACAGCCACCAGAGGGCAGUCAUCUGCAGAGCUUCACUAAGGUCCGCACUAGAGGCUCCAUAAAGCGGAGACCUCCCAGUCGUAAGUUUCGGAAAUCCCAAUCUGAUAUGGACUUUGACGUUGAAACGUACAACGCACCUGCGAAAGAGAAUGGAGAUAAAUCAGAGGAGGGCGACGCUGCUCUGAGGGACAAGGAAAGCGUAGACGGAUCGCCGGUGGCGGAGAAUUCACCAUCUGAGCCUGCGGAGAAGACAUCAGAGGAGCAAAACACGAAGCAGGAGGAGGAGGAAGAGGGCGAGCGGGGGGAGAAAUCCGACAAACAGGAGGCAAAACCAGACACAAACGAGACAGAGACGCCGGACAUGGAGGAGAAGAGCGAAGAUCCAGGAGAGGAGCAGGACAAGUGCGACGGGGACGAUAAACCUGAAAAGUGAAGCAAAACAACCACCAGUAAAGCACAGACCUUGACCGGCGGGCUGGGACGGCUGCCAUGUUUGAGCGCAGUAGAUCCGGUCCUGGAUGACGUCCCUCCUCAGUGCGACCUGGAGGAUCCCUACAGAUACCAUAUCAAUCCUGUCAAAGCGCAGGGUAAUAGUGAACACGCCGCGUGUACAUGUGAUGUAAAUGUCACUGAAUAAACUACCAGUCUCAGCGUGUCCUGGAUGCUGGGAGUUGUAGUUCUCUGUCUUUAAGCAGUGUUAGAUUCCAUAUUGAUAUAUUUAUGGCGUCAUUGAUGUUUAUGGGUAUUUUAUGUCCUGUGCCUCAUUAAAGUGUUUUGAGCAUAGAAAGUCCUUCUGUUUCCGGGAAAGCUGUGUGACAACCAAUAUGGCCGCCAUGCCUGACUCCACAAGUGCUUGCCGCCCAGUAUUCCCAGACUCCUAUGUCUAAAUAUUAUUUCUCUGCUAUCCUCCUAUAACUAAGAUAAACUUCCGUUCUCAAACCUGGGUGACGACAACCAUGACCGCCAUAAUUACACCUUCGUGGUCGUUGGUGACCAUUAGGACGGGUUUUAAACAUGGCGGAUGGUUUCUGCUGCAAAGGGGUUCAAGGGUUAAAAAUACACAAUAUAAUCUGCCAAGUCUGAAUUCGGCCUCAGCAGUAGGCCGCAAUACUGUGACAGAAAAUGUCCCUGUUGCCCAUAGCAACCAAUCAGAGCUAAGCUUUUAUUUCCUACACCCUGUACUGGAAAAUGAAACGUGUCCUCUGAUUGGUUGCUAUGGGCAAUGUCCAUGGGAACCGGGCCUACAUAUAUAUAUAUAUUCACAACCGCCCUGAGGUCAGUCCCACCUUUCAUGACAAGAAGUGGGUUAUAUGUUUCUAUAGAUUCUGAAAUCUUGUCAAUCUAUAUAUAUUAUAUUAUAUUUUUUAUAUAUUGUAUAAAAAUCAAUGUUAUUAAAAGGACGCUUCACCUUUAGCUCCGUCAACAGAAAAUCCGGUGCAGACAAGGGUCUCCAUACUAGAUCUGUGCUCCUUUUUACGGCUUUAGUUCAUAUUUAACAUAUAUGGCUGAGAAAAAGACCUGGUGCUAAUUGAAAACCAUCUGCAAGUUGCUGUUGAUGGAUCUUUUCAAGGCAUUUUUCCCUAAUUUACCCCCUAACUCAUUACCACAUGAAUAACUAAUGCAUUACGGCAGGGUCUACACACAAUAAUGACCCACUAAUUCACAUGCUGUUUGCCAAGGCUUAAAUAUUGGGAUGUACAAGGGUUAAUCGGGGACAAGAAAAUUAGCCUAAAAAAUCUUAAUAGGGCCUGAGCUUGAUUUGCUGAUACGGAUCUCCAAAUACUCUGCUUGCCUUCCUGCAGCCAUAGAUUUCUGUUUAUCUGCAGCCACCACUAGGGGGAGCUCCCUUCCCAAAGAUUUAUACAGCCCCUAUAUAUAAAUCGAUAUGCAGUGAGCUCCCCCUGGUGGUGGCAGAAAUAAUAUAAUUUAUCUCAGCUUCUCCUAAAUGUCUCAUAUGGGGAUGGCGGGUUCCAAGCACCCCCUAUCAGGGGCCCGGAGCCAGGCCUGCAGCUCAUUUACAUUAGUACACCACUAUGCGCUAGAAGUACUAAAUAAAAACACAUGAGUACAGCAAUAGAUCUGUUGACAGCAGUUACCCUACUUGUUGAUGGUUUCCAGUUAGUGAUACAUUUUUAUAGUAAAAAAAAGUAAUGAAGAUAUAUCACAAAGAUGCUCAAUUUCCCAUUUGCUGACUAUAGGGCCAAUGGUAUUUUGUGAUGAUGUGUUUGGGGGGCGGUUGCCAUGUUCUCAUUCCCCUGUGGUGUUCGAUUUUUGUCUCAGGUAAUUCAUCUAUCAUUUAACAAAAUAUAAUAUUGGGGUGACCCUCCUGUAUAUAAGUCCCUAACAAUAAUAUCAGGGGGCCCCAUCGUUCUGUGUUACGGCGAAUAGUCAUCUCCUGCCCUCUGACCUGUGGUAUACGUUUAUGACCACGAGUGAUACCCGCUAAUGUCUUCAUCAUGUGACCUGUUUCAUAUAGCCAUACAUCGCAGCGCUAAAAGAUAUCCGCCAUUUUGUCAUCCCACUCGCAAAAGAUUUACAAGCUGACGCGUUUCGAGCUUUUCACCGAAGUGAUCUGAGACAGACUGGUUGCUAAGGACCUGCUGCUUGACAACCACAUGGUUGCUAUGCAAUAUCUCCAUAAUUACUAGACUGUCCUGUGUUUUUGAUGGAUUUUAUCGCCAAACGAACCUCAAAUGGAGUGGGUCUAUGCAAAUGUGUCCCAAAAUGCACCCCUUUGGUAGAAUAGCGGGUAUAUCAGGGCUGGGGUAUGACAUUAUGCAAUGCGCCAUCUUUGCUCUGCAUCACAAAAUGGCCGCCACCUGUGUAGAUAUUUGGUUAUUUUACUCAUUUAUCCGUUGUUUGGGCCCAGACCAUUUAUUCUCCACCUUAUUACCUCAAAAUUGGGCCUAAAAAAACCCUCCAUAGGAUCCUCUUGUGUUGGAGGCGCUCUGUUCUCUGUUUUGCCUGUUUUUUAUGUUUAUUCCCUGUUGUUGCCUCAUAGAUUUUUACAUUAGCUGUUAAUCUCAUGGAAUGAAAUGCGCGGCGCAGGGAAGACGACCUCCGGAUGUGCACAACGUGUCUAUGACUGUAAAUUAUAAAUAAAUGCAUAUUCUUUAUAAGA